GUCCUUCAAUAUAUCUAGCGAACAUUUUGCUUAAAGGGCUGGUUCUAUUCAAACCAAGUCAAGGUAGCUAACGUUAGAUAACUAGCUAGCUUUUAAAUCGACUGUUCAGCUCUUAUUAAUAUAAGAAAAUGACAGAUUUUAAAAUACGGAAAGCUGAACCCAAAGAUGUACCUGACAUACUGCGACUGAUAAAGGAACUGGCUAAAUAUGAAGAAAUGGAAGGCCAAGUGAAACUGACUGAGGAAAAUCUGCUCGAGGACGGAUUCGGUGACAACCCAUUAUACCACUGCGUCAUGGCAGAAAUCCCCAGUGAGCCGCAGAGCAACAACGCUCCUGUGGUGAUUGGGUUUGCCAUGUACUACUUCACCUAUGACCCCUGGAUCGGCAAGCUGCUUUACCUGGAAGACUUCUUUGUCAUGGAAGAGUACAGGGAGAUCGGCAUCGGCUCAGAGAUCCUCAAGCUCCUCAGUGACAUGGCAUUCGAGACUCGCUGCAACAGCAUGCACUUCGUCGUCGCCAAGGACAACCAGGAGUCAAUAGAGUUCUACAAGCGUCGUGGGGCGGCCGACAUCACUCUGGAUGAGGGAUGGAGACUCUUCAAGAUCAACAAGAGCUCCCUCUUCAAGAUGUCCUCCGGCUCCAAAGAGUGAGCUGGCCUCAAGACACAUAGAAAGAUGGACAAGAGUGACAGACUUGGUCAAUUUAUAUUACUUAAUUAUUUGCCUGUCUUUCACUUCAGCGGUGGGGGGUGUGACUUCUGACAGUAGAUUAUUAUUAAAAGGGGCAUUAAACAUGUGUGUGCACCAACUUUCUCAAUCUAGUCACUCAUUUAGGUCACGUAUUUUAUCUGAAGCCAUCGUUUUAGUAGUUGUAGUUUAUAAUCAACACACCUUAGGAUUCCUAGUGUUCUCUCAGUUCUGCUAAUCAACACACCUUAGGAUUCCUAGCGUUCUCUCAGUUCUGCUAAUCAACACACCUUAGGAUUCCUAGUGUUCUCUCAGUUCUGCUAAUCAACACACCUUAGGAUUCCUAGCGUUCUCUCAGUUCUGCUAAUCAACACACCUUAGGAUUCCUAGCGUUCUCUCAGUUCUGCUAAUCAACACACCUUAGGAUUCCUAGCGUUCGCUCAGUUCUGCUAAUCAACACACCUGAGGAUUCCUAGCAUUCUCUGUUUCAUUUAUUGACCAAUAUAUUUGACUAUUCUAUAAUACAGUGAUUUUUAAAAUUA